UGAUGCAGAUGUAGAUGGGCUCAUAUUGGGCCCUAGGCCGAUCCAAAAUCCAAUGGUCCAAACCGAGACCGACAAACUCAUAGACCUGCCGAUGAACCUAUCCGCAUCAUAGCAGAACCCAAAACCCUAACAACCCUAUAACCCCCACCGUUCAUCUCCCAAACGGUACCGUUUUCAGUCGCAGAAGCUGCAGAAAGCAAACCCUAGGUGAACGAGCAACAAUGGAGAUGGAGAUCGAAGAGCAAGGGGAGACAGGCAAGAACGUGAUGUGCCAAUUGACGGACCCAGAAGAUAAUCAUUUGGGACCUCCCAUGUAUCUUCCUCAGAACGCUGCUCCCAAAGAGCUGCAGCAAAUCGUAAACAAGCUUCUCAACAAUGAGGAGAAGCUUCCUUAUGCUUUCUACAUAUCAGAUCAGGAACUUGUCGUGCAGCUUGGAACUUAUUUGCAAAAAAACAAAGUUUCUGUGGAGAAGGUGCUGCCCAUAGUUUAUCAACCACAAGCAGUUUUCCGAAUUCGUCCAAUUAAUCGUUGUUCUUCAACAAUUGCUGGUCACACUGAAGCUGUACUCUCAGUUGCCUUUAGUCCUGAUGGACGACAAUUAGCAAGUGGUUCAGGUGACACGACAGUUCGGUUGUGGGAUCUAAAUACUCAAACACCAAUGUAUACUUGUACAGGGCAUAAGAAUUGGGUUCUUUGUAUUGCAUGGUCACCUGACGGCAAGCAUCUUGUUAGUGGGAGCAAGGCUGGAGAACUUCAAUGCUGGGAUCCACAGACGGGGAAGCCAUUAGGCAAUCCACUUAUUGGCCACAAGAAAUGGAUUACUGGAAUAUCUUGGGAACCAGUCCACCUCAGAGCUCCAUGUCAUCGGUUUGUAAGUUCUAGUAAAGAUGGUGAUGCACGCAUAUGGGAUGUCUCACUUAGAAAAUGUGUAAUUUGUCUUAGUGGCCACACUCUUGCAGUAACAUGUGUAAAGUGGGGUGGAGAUGGAGUGAUAUACACAGGCUCCCAGGAUUGUACCAUCAAAGUCUGGGAAACUUCACAAGGGAAGCUAAUUCGGGAAUUGAAGGGCCAUGGGCAUUGGGUUAAUUCCCUUGCAUUGAGCACUGAAUAUGUUCUUCGCACUGGAGCUUUUGAUCAUACUGGCAAACAAUAUACAUCUGCAGAGGAAAUGAAGGAGGUGGCUUUGGAAAGGUACAAGAAAAUGAAAGGCAAUGCGCCAGAAAGACUGGUUUCAGGAUCUGAUGAUUUCACCAUGUUUCUUUGGGAACCUGCUGACAGCAAACAUCCCAAAACUCGUAUGACAGGUCAUCAGCAGCUUGUGAACCAUGUUUACUUUUCCCCUGAUGGACAAUGGGUAGCAAGUGCUUCGUUUGACAAGUCUGUCAAGUUAUGGAAUGGUACAACAGGGAAAUUUGUUGCCGCUUUUCGAGGUCAUGUUGGCCCUGUUUAUCAGAUAAGUUGGUCCGCUGAUAGUAGGCUUCUUUUGAGUGGAAGCAAGGACUCCACACUGAAGGUUUGGGAUAUCAGGACACACAAGUUAAAACAAGAUCUUCCAGGCCAUGAAGAUGAGGUUUUUGCUGUUGAUUGGAGUCCAGAUGGUGAGAAGGUAGCCUCUGGCGGUCGGGACAGGGUGCUCAAGUUAUGGAUGGGUUGAUGGCUGAAGGAGGAGAUGUAUGAAAUGAAGAUUGACAUGAUUCUUCCACAACAUGGACCUGGCAGGCACUCAGCUUCUGCCUACAGUUACAGUCUACCUUAGGUGUAACUUAAAGGUUGUGCACCAAGUGCUGAUGUUUUGAGGGAUCAAGGGUGGUUUGUGGAGCAGUCCCGUUUUCAGAGUAUUUCCGGUAUUCUAUCAAUUGGUUCAGGUGUUCUGCAACUUUGGGACACCUAUAGUAUCUAGAUAAGCCUGGAAAAAGUGUCAUGGCUUUGAAUGUUUGUCUCUUUAAUAGUAGCAGUGUGCAUUGAUCCACAGAGUUUGCAGCAUGACAGUUGAAUGAAAUUAUGAAAUGUAGCACUCAUGGGCAUAUGUAUCAUAUGAAAAUUUUUAAAUAGAGCACAACUUGUUUGACUUUA